CUGAUGUCAAGGAUUCAGCUGAAGGGAAAGCAAAUUGCUGGUAUCUGUGCAAGUGAUGCUGUGAUGAUGGGGUAAAGUAUGAUUUGUCAGUCUGAAGAAUGGCUUUCAUGCCUGAUACAAAAAUCCAUGACCAUAAAUGAAGAUGAUGACCGAGACGGACGACCGGCCCACUCCGAGAAGGAUUCCUUCGAGAAGCAGCGUUGGGUUUUCACACACGGUACAUCGAACAAGGGUAGUCGGGAGCAUGAUAGGCUGUUCAGAUUGGAGCCCCAGAAGUUCCUAAUUGGAGUGGCAGUGGAUCGACCAGCGGGAGGCAGACGGCGAGAAUUGCCCGGAACAUGGAUUGGCGUUGAGAGAACCCGAGACAGGGGAAACUCGAGGCGCUUCUCCGGCAUGACUCGCCCUAUCGAGCGCGUGGG